GCAACUACGUGGGAACACCAGCACGCCAUACAGAACCCACAGCCCAUAGUGCUCACAGCCCGGCCACAUCCACUUGCGCCUCCCUGCUAUCCUCCGCCUGUUAUCCACUCCUCUCUCGCCACACUUCUUCUCACCCGUCAGACUCGUGACACAUAACGCCCACAUCUAAAUUGCUUUGUGAGCCUAAAUACCUAAAGAUCCGGCGUUGCUCGACUAGGAGUUUGCAAAUUCAAAAUGUCAGAUUCUCAUACUUUGACCAAUGGCGGAGGCAUAGGGCUUCGACCUGCGGUUGAAAUACCUUGUUCGUCUGAGGCUGCUGAAUCUUCAACUUCACGCUCAGAGGCCAAGUUUGAAACUCCCGGAUCGCCUCAAACCGAUUCCUACCUUCUUUCCAUCCGUGCGGCUCCUGUAUCGCCAGCUUCCUCUCGCCCAUCGUCGGCUGCUUUUUCGCACUCUCCUUCCACGCCGCCAUCACGCACGGCUUCGCCUGCUGCUAGUGGAAGAAGACGCAGCGAGUCAGCUGCUUCAAGCCCUUCGAGAGGCAAGGCUGCUUCAAAUGUGAGAAGGAGGAGCUUGCUCGGUACGAACGUUGCAUUGCCUGGAGAUGAUGACGAGGAAGAAGGAAGCAAAGAGGCAGCAGACGCUGGAGAAGGUGUACCGACAAUACCCGAACAUUCUCAGUUACAGACGGAUGAUGACGGUGAUUCUUUAGGGCUGGAAGGGCUCCCAGAUGGAGAUGGCCCAAAAAAAGUGGACCAGGCUGAUGAUGGCAAGCCUGUGCUUUCACCGUAUCAAGCUGGGCUGGCCGCCACCGUUCGAUCAAUUGUCGUGCGCGAUUUCGCAUACCACAAGACGGACGAUCGAUACCAUGGGCGAAAUUACGAGGAGGAGAAAUGGGGCAGUCCGAAUGACCCGGAAACACGCUGGGGCGAGGAGAAGCCGCUGGAGGAAGAGAAAGACGAUAACGCAGGUGGAUGGGGAGGGUUUGGCUUCUUCGGAUGGAGAUCACGAUUUGGGAAACAGAACGAGGCAGAAGAUGGGGGCGCAGUAAAUGAUCAAGUGGAUGUGGUUGACGGUGAUGCCGAUGAAGACUACUAUUCUUCCCCACAACCAUCCGAACCGGAUGCCUCUGGCUAUGCCUACAAGAUACUACCUCCUCUGUCGCCGUCGCUCGAGCCUGCGGGGUUAUACCGAGCGGCCUACAUGUUCGAGGGGAUGGGUGCCAGUGAAAUGUCUGUGGAUGAAGGGGAGCUGCUGCUGCUCACUGGUCGGGGGAAUGGAAACCCGGGAUGGGUUAUUGCCCGAAGGAUGCGGGUUGAGGAUGGAAAGGUGCAUAGGAGCGAAGCUGUCGGGUUGGUGCCCGAGUCGUACCUCGAACGGGUGGAGGUGCUGGACGCAGAGUGAGAUAUGGCUAUGCUGCAUGUAUAUGGGUUGCCUGCACGGUGGAUCGUAUGCAUA